CUGACCGGCCCAUAUAAACCCGGCGAGCGUCUCCCAGAGCCAAAGCUUCCUCCGAGUCUGAAUCAUGAGAGGUUCGUCGUACUCACAGAAGAGCCUGAGCGUCAGUGGCUCCAGCAGGAUGAGGGUCCAGAGCCCGUCUCCGUCCCGGUGCCGCGGACGCUCCGGAGUCCAGGCCCAGCCGGUGGAAGUGGCCACCGAGAUCCACCAGCUCCACGCCGACGAGAAGCAGGAGAUGCAGGAGCUGAACGUGCGCUUCGCCGGAUACAUCCAGAAGGUCCAGGCGCUGGAGCAGAGGAACAGCGCUCUGAGAGCCGAGCUGGAGAGCCUUCAGGGACGCUUCAAGGGAGGACCCUCCGGCCUCGGAGACGAGUACCAGCUCAAGUUUAAAGAGAUGAGGGACCUGAUCGAAGCCCUGACCGCUGAGAAGGGAGCGGCUGACAUCGAGAGAGGAUACAUCCAGGAGGAGCUGGAGGUCUGGAGACUCAAGCUGGACGAGGAGAUGGCCAUCAAAGAGGAGGCGGAGAUGAUCCUCCGUGAGUUCCGUCAGGACGUGGAUAACGCGACGCUGCAGAAGGCAGACCUGGAGAAGCGCAUUGAGCAGCUGGUGGACGAGAUCGAGUUCCUGAAGAAGCUCCACGACGAGGAAGUGUCGGACCUCCUCAAGCAGAUCGAGGAGUCCAAGGUGACGGUGGAGCUGGACUCCGACAGACCGGAUCUGGCCGCUUACCUGCGCAACAUGCGCUCCGAGAUCGAGUCUGUGGCCGCUCGCAACGUCCAGGAGGCAGAGAAGUGGUACAAGGGCAAAUUCGACACUCUGAAGGAUCAAGCCAGCAAACACGAGGACAAGAUGAAGAGCAUGAAGGAGGAGAUCAGCGUCUUCCACAACCAGGUGACGGAUCUGCAGAACCAGAUCGACGGGCUGAGGGCGAGGAACGGGGCGCUGGAGCAGCAGCUGGAGGACAUGGAGGAGGCACACCUGGACAAGACGGCCGGUCUGGAGGACAUCAUCGUCCAGCUGGAGAGCCAGCUGUGCCAGACCAAGCUGGAGAUGGGGAAAUACAUGGCUGACUACCAGGAGCUGCUCCACAUCAAGCUGAAGCUGGACGCUGAGAUCGCCACCUACAGGAAGCUUCUGGAAGCAGAGGAGAAGCGGCUCGGGAUCUCCGUCGCAGAAGCGCUGACAGAAGAGAGAAGCGUACAGUAGACACACACACACACACGGCCUGAAGAUCAGCCUCCUCAGACUCACACACUCAAUAAAGCUGGAGAUGAAUGCACACCGGUGUCUGCUGUGUUCUGCUUCUAAUGAAACGCUUCAGUGAUGUUAGAACGAACGCUUUAUUCCUGAGUUUCUGCACUGAUUGGUUCCUUACUAAUGUUCAUUUGGAUGAAAAGUAAACUUGAGCUGAAAUGACACUGUUGUGUUCUGUAGAGUUGAUUUACAACGGAAACUGUCAUAAUUCAUAAUUAUCAUAAUUCAUGAACAGAGUUAUUAAACUGCACUGUUUUUGUCUCAUCGUCUCCAGUACAGAUAUAUAUAAAAAUGUAAUUAAGAUACAUUUACUUUAGAAGCAAGGUGACAUUAGAUAUCAAGAAAAACUUGUAAUGAGAUUAAGGUUAAAGCAAGAACAAAUAUCGCCAAUCAGUCAGAAAGUCAUUUGUUUUCCCUUUUGAUUAAUCAGAUUUUUCUGAGCCCAUUGGAUGAUAUUUGUUCUUGUUUUAAACUCACUUCAUUUUGACAUUUCUUAAUAUCUCCUGUCAUUUUGCAUGCACACUAAAGUU